GUUUCUAAAUCAAUGGACCUCUCGUCCCUGUGUGAAAGUAGCUGAAAUGUGUGACCAUUGCCAGUUGGCGUGUUCACUUUAACAGAGACACUGUUAGAUUGUGUUCUCGUUUUCUUUUUUAGCCGGUGAUCGUUCGGGUUUCUCCGUACACGGGUCGUGUGAACCAGGCAGACACAAGUUAGAGAGCAGCUCCUGUAGAUGUAGUUCAUCGGAGAAUAUCACACAUCUACCACAACAAGCUGGUCACACAUUUCAGAAAAUGUCAGAAGGGGACAGUGUUGGGGAGUCGAUCCAUGGGAAACCAUCUGUAGUUGCUGCCUUCUUCACACGGGUUGGACAGGUCUAUCAGUCAUGGCUAGACAAGUCAACGCCAUUCUAUGCAGUGCGAUGGGCAUCCACUCUACUACUUACUGCUGUCUACAUGAUCAGAGUGUACAUACUACAGGGAUGGUAUAUAGUAACGUAUGCUUUGGGAAUCUACCAUCUCAACCUCUUCAUUGCUUUUCUAUCGCCAAAAGUGGAUCCCUCAAUGCUUGACGAAGAUGAGGGCCCAUCCCUUCCUACCAAGCAGAACGAGGAGUUCCGCCCCUUCAUCAGGAGGUUGCCUGAAUUUAAAUUCUGGCAUUCUGCGACAAAAGGCAUCGUCAUCGCCAUGAUCUGCACAUUUUUUGAGGCCUUCAACGUUCCAGUGUUCUGGCCUAUACUUGUAAUGUACUUCAUCAUGCUCUUCUGCAUCACCAUGAAGAGGCAGAUCAAGCAUAUGGUCAAGUACAGAUACCUACCCUUCACACACGGGAAGAGGACAUACAAAGGCAAGGACGAAACAGGGAAACCCUUUGCUAGUUAAAAACUCCCACUUAGUCUUCCCCCUCCGUCUCAUUUGAAAUCUGCCGUUCACAGCUGGUGGGGAGUGACAUGGGUUAGAGAUUUUUUGUUUGUUUUUGUAAGUGGAACAGUAUCAUGAAAACAUAACAUGAAAAAUACUAGUUUUAAUCCAUGGUUCAAGAUGUUUGAUGAGGAUAUGACAAUAUGGAUCGAAUUAGUCUGGGAAUUUAGCCUUUUUUUUCUUUUUCUUUUGAGGACCCCGAUCUUCAAUUUAGGAUUCGUUUGCCUUUGUUCACUAGUAGGUAAGAUCUGACUCAGUGUUGCCUUUCGUAUUUUUAACCCAAUGGGGUAAGUAUAAAAUUCUUAAAGAAGGAACCACACUGAUAUAAACAAAAUUUGCAGUGAAUUUAUUUGGUUGAAUUGUUUUUUGUUUUUUUUCCUUAAUGAUGGUGAUUCCAGUCCAUGUCCUUAUACCCAACUGAAAUAAAUCUGCCAACUUUUGAAUAAUAUAUCAGUUCCUACUUAUUUGUAACAAGUUAUAUAUUGAAAAUCCAGUAGUGUUAAUAGCAAAAUAACACGAUUAGAUGUGUAAUAUAAAAUCUGAAGGAAAUGCAGCAGUCUUUUAAUUGGAAUCAUUUCAUCGCCUCAUGUCCAAAUGCAGACGCUUUGAAGAAAUUAGUCACAUUACACUUGAAUAUGCAUUCAGGACAGAAUUGACUUAUUAUAUUUCAUCCCUUGAAAUAAUAGUCAGAAUUAAUCUUUCUUGGUUUAGAUAAAUCUUGGAUUGGCUGUCAAUGUGAUUCUUUAUACAGCCCACAUUACACUGGGAUCAAUAUGGAUGAUUAUCAUUGACUAUAUUUCAAUCUUCAGCCACACGUCACAACGCUGAAUGCAUAUAUCAAGGCAAAUGUGUCUAACCCCCCACCCAUUUAGUUUCCUAUAGCCUGUAGUUUACCUCUACUUAAGUUCUUGGUACUUUUUUGCCGUUGAGUUAAACAGAUGGGAUACUGUGUCAUUGAGCACCCCUGUAAACCAAAUUUUUCAAUUCAUCGUAUGGGGCAUUUAGAUUGAAAUGGCAAGUCAAUGAAUUUGCUUUACCUCAGAUUUUUACACCAUUUUGUGAAUAAUUAGUCUAAACAUAUUGUCUUCAAAGUUCAGAACCAGUAUUCGAGUUUAAUUCCUAACAAGGUCUAAUCUUACAUUAUAACAGAGCAAUUCCACCUCUCUUUGAAGCAUUUACCCAUCUGUGUUUCAAAGUCUGGGGUUCAUUCGAUUUGUAUAGACGAGCUGUUGUAGUCCUUGAUAAUUUGUGUUUACUUUGAUAAAAAAACGUUUUGGUAAAUAUAGUCAUUCCAAGCAAACUGUUGUUCUCUUUCUUUUGCAGAGGAAACAUAAGAAAACAGAGAUUGAGAGCUUUUAUUAUAACAAAUGGAUGAAGUGGGUGACGAUCACACUUUUUUUUUUUUCUAUAAACCUGUUGAUUUUUGUUUUCCCAUUUUUAUCAGAAUGCUGGGGAUUAUCUGUCAUUAAUAAACUAUGAUCAGCACUGUAGUAAGGGAUCAAAACAUUUUCCUGUAAAAAGUUUGUUUCAAAUGAUUGUCUGGAGGAUUUGUAUAUACAUAUAUAUAUAUUUUAAAAUAAGAAUUCUUUUUUUUUAGAUUAUUAUUAUUUUUGUUUUUUCUUCCAACCACCAUACUGUUUCCUGUUUCCUGUUUUUUUCUUUUUUUUCUUUAUCCAUUUAAGUUGAAAUUGACAAAAGCAGAACUGGUUAAUUGGGUUCUUAAUUUGAUUGAUUAAACAUGUUUCUCAUGAAUUGCAUGUUUUUGUUUUCUUGUGCUACAGUUAUUAAAAAAAAGAUUUUAAUAGCUCAAGUGUAAUUUUUUUUCACUCCAAAUGCCAUUAAAGCAGAUGUGUCCCUUCAAACAGUA